CCCCGUGGCUUUAUGAAAGGCGAAAUCCCUCCAUGAGCGCAGCAGCUGUCUAGAAACCCGUUUGUGAGAGAGAAGGAGCUCGCCUCGGAAGGAACCGGCGCUGAAGACGGUCUUAUUUCUCCGACACAGUCCGCCCGGCUUGAGUUAUCCUCCGGCUACAAGUGAAGGCUAUCUGUAUCCCCCUUCCUCGUGCGCACUCGCCGCUUCAACAACACAAACCACGGGGACGAACCGACGGACGUAACGCUAGCCGAGAAGGGAAGUGGGCUCCGUCUUCUCUUUCAUCAGGCAGAUGCUCCCAGCCGCCCAGCUUGACAGGAGUGAUGGGAUGUGUCAACUAGCAGAUGAGUCAGUCCUGGACGAUGUAAUCGGACUGAGGGAUUCAUCUGCAGUGUUCACACCGGAGCGAGACGGAGGAGGGACAGAGAAAGAGGCAGAGGACGACGUUGUAGACACAAGGAUGGGCGUGGGGAAGAAUACAACCCCCAAGUCAAUGGACAGCAGCAGUGACGGAGGAAAGUUCGAAGAAGAGAGCAAGCAUGGCGCAGAUUUCUACCCUAUUCCGGUGGUGGUGAACGGCGUGGGCGGUGCCAGUGGAGACCAGGAUACUGAGAACACGGAGCUGAUGGCCAUCUACACUAAAGAUAAUCAAGGAGCAGAAAAGAGUUCAAUGUCUGAGACAUUGGACAGCACAGACAGUACAGACGCACGGAGGAUGGACAUGAUCUAUACCAUAGAAGACACCCCACCCUGGUACCUGUGUGUGUUCUUGGGCUUACAGCACUACUUGACAUGUUUCAGUGGAACUAUCGCCGUGCCGUUCCUUCUCGCUGAGGCGAUGUGCGUCGGCUUCGAUCAGUGGGCCACCAGUCAGCUCAUUGGGACCAUCUUCUUCUGUGUGGGGAUCACCACCCUACUACAGACCACACUUGGCUGCAGGUUGCCUUUGUUCCAGGCUAGCGCUUUCGCCUUCCUCGCACCAGCCCGAGCCAUCCUGUCACUGGACAAAUGGAAGUGUAACACCACAGAGGUUGCAGUAUUCAACAGCACAGAGCUCCUCCACACAGAGCACAUCUGGCACCCCAGAAUAAGAGAGAUCCAAGGGGCUAUUAUCGUGUCGUCUCUGGUUGAGGUGUGUAUCGGAGCUCUCGGUCUGCCCGGGAUCCUGCUGAAGUACAUCGGACCUCUGACAAUCACCCCCACAGUGGCUCUUAUCGGCCUGUCUGGUUUUCAGGCCGCAGGGGAGAGGGCUGGAAAACACUGGGGCAUUGCUAUGCUGACUAUCUUCUUGGUGCUGCUCUUCUCUCAAUAUGCCAGAAACGUUCACUUCCCUCUGCCAAUCUACAGAGCCAAGAAAGGCUGGACUUCCUACAGACUGCAGGUCUUCAAAAUGUUUCCUAUCAUCAUGGCCAUCCUGGUGUCAUGGCUGCUGUGUUUCAUUUUCACUGUGACUGACGUUUUCCCGCCGGAGGUAGACAAAUACGGUUUCUAUGCUCGCACAGACGCACGUCAAGGAAUCCUGACAGCUGCACCGUGGUUUAAGAUCCCAUAUCCAUUCCAGUGGGGUUUUCCUACUGUAACAGCUGCAGGUGUGAUCGGCAUGAUGAGCGCGGUGGUGGCCAGCAUCAUCGAAUCGAUUGGAGACUACUAUGCCUGUGCCCGUCUCUCUUGUGCUCCUCCACCUCCCAUUCACGCUAUCAACAGGGGGAUAUUUGUAGAGGGUAUUUCCUGUGUGCUAGACGGCCUUUUCGGGACAGGAAAUGGCUCCACCUCCUCCAGUCCAAAUAUAGGUGUCCUGGGAAUCACAAAGGUGGGCAGCAGACGUGUGAUUCAGUAUGGAGCCGCCAUGAUGUUGCUGCUUGGGCUCGUGGGUAAAUUCAGCGCCCUGUUUGCCUCUCUGCCCGACCCUGUCUUGGGAGCUUUGUUCUGUACCCUGUUCGGUAUGAUCACAGCAGUUGGACUCUCCAACCUGCAGUUUGUCGACCUCAACUCCUCCAGGAACCUCUUUGUUCUGGGUUUCUCCAUCUUCUUCGGCCUGAUGCUGCCGAGCUACCUCAAACAGAACCCACUGGUCACCGGCAUCGUUGGGAUUGACCAAGUGCUGAACGUGCUCCUCACCACUGCCAUGUUUGUUGGAGGCUCUGUCGCCUUCAUUCUGGACAAUACUAUCCCUGGUACCCCUGAAGAACGAGGCAUCAGGAAGCUGAAGCGUGGCACUGGUCUCAGUGCUGCAGAACUGGAAGGGAUGAGAUCGUAUGACCUGCCGUUUGGCAUGGACUUUAUCCGCAGACACCCCAUCUUCAAAUACUUCCCCAUCAGCCCCACCUUCCAAGGCUACCAGUGGGGGAGGCUACAGGAAUCCUGCAGGAGCAGAAUGGGACACAGGGAUUCGGUGAAGGUGGGAGGAAUCGGCGGAGAGGGAGGCACAGCGCCAGGGGAGAGUCGGGUAUAGCCAACGGGCUGGUGCUGCAAAAUUUCCUAUGCGGCUGAAUUUGGGGAGCAAGGGAUGGUACACUAAGAUAAAAGGAUGGGAGAGUGGAGGACAGAAGCGGUGCAGGAUUUGUGUGGAAAAAAAUGUGAUGCACCAACCCCCCCGUCAGUAUGUGUUUUCUUUAGCUUGUGUCAGUCUUCUCCCACUUCCCACUAUGCUAUUUUCAGCAUGCUAUAGCAAGUCACAGCAUGCUAUAAAAGAUGUCACCACACAGAGGUUAGUUGGUGUGUGUGCAUGUGUGUGUGCAGCAGGAGAAUGACGGGUUUGUGCAUUAAUUUAUUUGCACUUUAAUCCAGAGGGAAAUAGAUGGACGUCAAACAAUCAGAGCUGAAUGUUUGAUGAUAACUGCCCAAUGUUAUAAAACAUUCUACUAAAAGCACAGUAGGUUUGAUUAUGUCAAUUGAGGAUUAUGCAGAAUUUCUGUUAGGAAUAAUUUGCCUCUAAACUGAUUAUGCAACCACAUUAGGGACACACACAUGGUCACAUACCAACAGCCUUGCCAGAACUAGCUUGAGAGCUACAAUGCACGUCGGGGUCAUGCAGAUAGAUGGAAGUGGUUAGUCAGGUGCCCUUAGCCAUGCAAAGUGAUUGUGAUUCUUUUUUUUUUAUUUUUGCACUAUCUGCCUCCUGAGUUCAAAAGCAGAGUGUCACUCUGCAACUCAUGCCCCCAUUUCUUCAGUAAAACUCCUCAGAGACCCCUUUAGCAGCACAUCAUGUCAUCUUACAAGAAACUGACAUCCCUCAUAGUUCUGAUGUAUUAGAGCACUAACAUUCACAAGACCUCCAAUGUAACAUACAAGUUUACAUCUCUUUAAUGUGUCAGUAUUAUGCAUCAGUUACUAACAAGCCCACAACUCUACUGUUCAUCACACCCUCGUCUCAUUUGGCUGUCAAAUGGGACUUCUCUUUUACUUGAUUAUGGAACAAAAUUAGUUUGUAUUUUUACUGGGUAACCUUAAUUUGAAUAUUUUACAUCUCCUCUAACACAUGAAAGCACUUACAAAACAAAACAAGCUUUAAAUAAUGCCUCUGAAAAGUUACAUUAAUGGCACACAGUAACAGACAUGUGGCCUUGUCAGAGAAACCUUGUGUGCUUAAAUAUUAGUAGUGUUAAUGCUACUAAAAAAGAUAAAUGACGACAGGAGAAGAUCUGUGAUCCUCUGUGUGGAUCUUCUCUCACAGGUGUCACCUGUGCUCUGCUGUAAUGUGUGUUAAUGUAAGAUUUACACUUUAAUAAUACACCCCUGCCACUAUCCAAACCCACUGAUACUUCCAACCAUGCAUUCAGAUAGCACUUACAUGAAUAUACUAAAAAGAAAAGGUGGUGUUUUGGUUUGGAUAUGGAGUAUUUAAAGGUCCAGUGUGUAGCAUUUAGGGGGGAUAUAUUGGCAGAAAUAUAAUGCAAUAUAUUAAGUGUUUUCUUUAGUGUAUAAUCACCCGAAAAUACAAAUCAUUGUGUUUUUGUUACCUAAAAAUGAGCUGUUUAUAUCUACAUAGGGAGCAGAGUCUUGUAUACGAAGAUCGCCAUGUUGUUUCGACAGUAGCCCAGAACUAACAAACCAAACGCUAUUAAAAAUCUCCUGAACAUCUGGAUCUAAAGUUAUCAGAGAAAAACGGUGAGCACACAUUAGCAGGUGCUGGAUUAGCGGCCCACCUCAGACUAGCCAAACAGCGUCAGAGAAACACUGAUUUGUAACAUGCUUUUUUCAGUGUUUUUUACCGGUUUAAAUCCCCUGGUGUGUUUGUGUUGAAGAAGAAGAGACCUCUGUGGAUAAUUUGGCUCCUGUAAAAACCCCUUGAACAAUGAACUCUGAAGGAAUUCUCACUUUGAGAUGUUUCAGCUGGUUGCAGUGUGCAAUACUCACCACUAGAUGCCACUAAUCCCCCUAAAUCUCACACACUGUUCCUUUAAAUGUAAUAAGAGGGGUUUCUUUUGUUCUCUGAAUCAACUGACAGUUGAUGCAGAUGUCAUUAAUAGUUCUCACUUUAACAAUGUUCCUUAAUUCCCUUACAUUCCUUUUCCUCCCAUCCUCACUCCCCUGUAUGUCUCCCACUCUUGUCCAUCUUUAAUUAAUUACCUGCUGAUGUUUGUUACUGUUCAUGUCUGUUGUAGUUCAGGCUGUGGAGGCACAUGUAGCUGAGAAACUGAACGUUUCAGAGGAUCAGCAGCCUGUCACUUAUUAGCCCAGGUGUGACCCUUAAGAGCGAGUCUCUAAUUUAAUGACACUGUGUGCCUGUGGUGUUUUUUUAAUUGGAAAAACAGAAAAAUACCUUAGAAGAGUUUGCAACAUUAUAAUCGUGUUAAAUAAAAAAUCGCACAAUGAGAAAAAUAACAGCUAAAAGAAAACUACUAAAGAUUUAGCCCAGCUGAGAUUUUUACUAAACCAAAAUGCGGAAAUAUCUUUUAUUUUUAUUUCUUAUUACUGAUCUGUUACCACAUACCAAAACUUUUCUUUAAGCAUUGGCAUUUGUCGCUAUUAUUUUACGAAACUUGCAAAAUUAGUUUGGAUUCUCAUCCCAAAAUUCCUCACGUUUUUAUCUCAUUUGUUAAAGCUAUUUAUUUAUUUAUGAGCAGAACGUUGAUGUUUAAAGAUUGCUUGAAACAGGUCUAUGUGUCACUUGCACAAUGUUGAAAGUAUAUUUAUUAGUUUACUUGUUCAUGCCCUGUAAAGAUUGGCGUGAUGACGAUGAUGGACCGCUACUCCUCAGCUACAGUCGGUGCUUUUAGAAACUCACCUGGGGACAGCAGCCUCUCCUGAAGAUAGUUUGUAAUGUGAGAUGCUUCUAUUUCAUUCCAUUUAUAUCAUGUUGUUUUUAAAAACAAGCCAGAAAAACACUUUUAAAUGUUGGAACUGGAUAAUUUAGUCAAAUGUCAUUAUCAGGGCCUUUUUCCUACAAGUACUGUUUGCACAUGUAAUAGUGCCAAGAACAUCUGGGUGUUGUAGUGAUACUCACUAAUCUGAAACCCUAAAAUGUCACUAGAGUGCGUUUUCACAUUUAUAGUCGGUUAUGAACAUUGUUUUGUUUGAUGACCUGAAGACAAGUGGCUCACUGUGGCUCAACAUUUUUGGGUCUUAGUCUGUGAUGGUUACAGUAGCCCCUUUUAUGACCUCAGCACUCUGUAUGUUACUCUUGUUAUUUGGUCACAUAAUUCAAACUUGGGGUGUGCGAUUCAGCCAAAAUCUUCAAUUGUAGUAUAUGCAAUUUGAUAUCACCAUAAUGAUAUUUAUGACAAUAAAGUAAUUGUUUUGUAAAUUCAAUCAAGAAAUUAAGAUAACCAUACUUUAUGACAUUUCAUUAUUUCUUCUUUUAUUUGGAACGUCCAUACCAAAAGAAAAAACCCAGCUGCCUCACAUCAGACAACACUUGAGUUAAAAAGAAAAGACUCAAAACAGUAAAACUAAAAAUCUGAGAAGGUUCCUGAGAACAAGUGUUACAGGUUUUUAUAUUUAUAACUUCACUCCCCUUCUCCCUGGCCAAAUCAGGGCUGUGUUCAGCCCCGACGUAAUGUAAAGAAAUGUUUAUUAAAACAGAGUUAGUGAUGCCUUGAACGCCCUGUUGUGUUAUACAAGUUCAAUUCAAAGUGGCUUUAUUGCCAAAACAAGUGUGAAAUAAAAUGUUCAAUAAGGAAAGAUCUACCAGAGUUUGGAUUAUACACAUGUUGCUGCUAAUUGGGAACACCUCUGACACACCCACCACACGAGAGAAAACCUAUCUCAAAGCCUGUCGCUCAGCGUUUCACACUUUUCAACGAAACAUUAGCAUGCAUCAGGUUACUUGUGAGGCAGCUGGAUUUACGGGGUCCCGCCUUGAUUUACUACAUAGCUUGAUCCAAAUAGCCCCAGCGGUAGAAAUGGUACAGCCAAAUCUCUACCAGUGGGCACAUUUCUACCAUCGCAUGAUAUAUAGCAGUGGUUCCCAUUCCCAACUGGUCCAACCACAAGGUCCAGAUUUAUCCUUGGUCAUUAGUUCAAGGUCCACACAGCAUCAUACUUGUGUUUGGCCAUGUCGUUAAGGUAUUAUGCUGUCUCUGUCAAGAAGUUGUCUGUUACUCCCUCACUCUACAACAGGAAACAGCACUUCAAAAUAAAAGCUCUGUGGCGGGAAAUUCACUGUACUUAAAAAUAAAGUGUGUUUUUUACAAACUUGACACAUUUGUGAGUCACUUGUGGUCCAUUCAGAAUGGACUUGUGACCCACUUUUGGACCAGCUGGGAACCACUGGUAUAUUCCAUCAGGUCGCCCAACCUAAUUCAAAUGUUGGUAGGAAAAUCCAGCAGUAGGUUGCAUCCUCAAGGGUAUUUUUGUGAUCUUACAGAUGUCAACUGUCUUCGUCCAGAACAAAUGCGAAGUUAAAAUGUUAUUUCAACAGCCUGUGGUGCUCCGCUCUGCACUUUUACUUUGCUGGAUCUACUUUUAGUUAGCCUGUAGUACUAUAAUGGCAGUUACUAGUGUAACUUACAUACUUUAUUUGGAUGUGACCAAAAAUGCCCCCUUCCCCCAACUUAUUAAUAUAAAACCAUUAGUUUUGGUCUUUUUUUAUGUUGUUGUUACAUCAGAAUCACAGCUGUCAAAAUUUGAACCCUACCUGGAUACUACAGGGACACAGUUUUCAGUUACACCCGUCAAAAUGCAAUACCUAAUAAAGUAAAGUAAAAAUGUUUGUAGUGGUUAUACAGGUGAAAUUCAGGUCACAGAAUCAGAUGGGUGUCAGAGUGUGUGUGGAAAUUUAAACAUUAAUCUCACCAAAUAUUUUAUAAUUCUGUAAUAUGACCAAAUCACAGAGAAACAAAAGGAGUGCUGAAGUCUCUUAAGAGGCCUGUUUAUACCCGAUGACCACUGAUGUGUGCAGAAACUGAAAAUCUGAAAACUCACCGUCCUCGUCUAACUGUUGGCUGUGCUCAGGUCUGGCAGCUGUAGAUAAGAAGCAGUGUUCUGGGACAGCUGGUGAAAUUAGCAGCGUGUUUUUGGCACACCAGCUGAUGUUUUUUGCUCACUUGCCCACGCUGCGUGACCUUGCUCCAGGAGCAGGUGGCGAUCAUGUCGGAGGUCAGAGAGCAGUCGCCCUCCUCCUGCUUCGGAGGUGGAGUGACAGUUUUGGCAUCUCUCGUAUACAUGGUAUGCACACAUUAAUAAUCACAUGCACAACGUGUGACCUUGUUUUCUGUGUCAUAUGUUCAUACAACCAGCACUUACUGUACUUCUCCCCCUCACGUCGUCUCUCCUCUCUCCACACACUCUCUGUUUAACCCCCUCAGUCCUGCAGUGAAAUAUAUUGGUGUCCUCUCAUGUUUAGUGUACCUGGUUUCCUCCUGGGAAUUCUUACUGUUGACGUGUCUGGAUGCAGGAGACGACACCAACUGGCCACCUUAUUAAGAUCCUGUUGGUGAACCUGCCUCAUCACUCAGCAGCAACAUGAACAUGGGAUGUCUUUGUGCCUGUAGGCAGCGUCCUCUUGUUUUUAGCUUUUACUCUUUGGGUUUUUUAACAGGUUUAUAUACACUUUCUGACACAGUUAUUACAGUUACAGUGAAACACUUGAUUUCAAGCACAGACUGUCGUCCCUGAUGGUUUUCUGUCUUGAAUCACACACGAGCCAGCUGAACCAGCAGCUCUUAAGAAGGCGGCCAUAAGGUGUGAAACACAAAGACAUCAGUCCCUUUCAGUUAUUUUGAAGGGGGUGCUACCUGAAGAAUAUACUUUUGUGUAUUAAGUGUUUUAUCUUUUUCAAUGUUUUGGGGUUUUUUUAUACAUCAUUUUUAUGUUUUUGCAAGCGAAUAUUUGUAAGAAACAAAUCAUAACUUUAAUCUUAAAUCAUGCUGGAAAGCGCACCAUUUUGUUGUACUUUUUAUUUAAAAAGUAAAUACAUUUUGAUCCUAUUUGGAAUCUGUGGUUUGGUGAAAUCUUCUUUUGUUUGUUUUGUUAGGACCUUUUCAUAUUGUAUUUUUUUACUCAAAUAUUGCUUUUUGUCCAUGUUAACCCAUUACCAGUAUAAAUGAAAGAACGAGCUGAGAAACUUUAAAUAGAUGUAAAAACAGACAAAAAAAUAAAUGUAUAUUUAAUGGAGUAAAGUUUGCUAAACCUUCUGGAAGAGAAAUUGUGUAAACUAAUUGUAGCAACAAAAUGUUUUAUUCUUUGUUCCUAAAACUAUUUAAUAAGAUGUUACUGAAUGAA